AUGUUCGCCAAAGCGACUCGGAAUUUCCUUAAAGAAGUUGACGAUGGAGGAGACCUGAUCUCAGUCUCACACUUGAAUGACUCUGACAAGCUGCAGCUCCUAAGUCUGGUGACCAAGAAGAAGAGGUACUGGUGCUGGCAGAGACCCAAGUACCAGUUUUUGUCUGUCACCUUGGGAGAUGUUCUCACAGAGGGGCAAUGUCUCAGUCCAGUGGUCGUGGAGUCUGACUUCGUGAAAUAUGAGAGCAAAUUUGAGAACCAUAUGAGCGGGAGCAUCAGGACGGCUGUGGGCAAGGUCAAGCUAAACGUUGGCGGCAAAGGCCUGGUGGAGGGCCGCUCUUCGUUUGGAACCCUGAGGAAGCAGGAGGUGGAUCUGCAGCAGCUCAUUCAGGACGCAGUCGGGAGAACGAUUAAUCUGGAAAACCCAGUGCUCCAGCAGGUUCUAGAGAGGAGGAACGAGGUCCUGUGUGUGCUGACACAGAAGAUUGUGACCACGCAGAAGUGUGUGAUAUCUGAGCAUGUGCAGACGGAGGAGAAGUGUGGAGGCAUGGUGGGGAUCCAGACCAAGAUUGUGCAGGUGUCAGCGAUGGAGGAUGGGACUGUCAUCAAGGACUCCCAUGUGGUGCUGGAGAUCCCUGCUGCCACCACCAUUGCCUGUGGCAUCAUCGAGCUGCACGUGAAACAGGACGGCCAGUUUGAAUUCUGUCUCCUCCAAGGGAAGCAUGGUGGCUUUGAGCAUGAGAAGAAAGUUGACUCUGUCUACUUGGACCCCUUGGCCUACAGAGAAUUUGCAUUCCUGGACAUGCCGGAUGGGGGUCAAGGGACCUCUCCCCAGGAUGGACCACUACACGUUUUAAAACAAGCGGCUGCACACCUGGAGAGAAGCUUCCAUCCCUUUGCAGAGUUACCUGCCCAGCAGCAGAUGGCGCUGUUCUGCCUCCUGCAGACAGUCUUGUUUGAUGAGGAACUCCUCAAGGCUCUGGAGCAAGUGUGUGAUGAUAUGGCUGGCGGCCUCUGGUCCUCACAGGCUGUCUUGGUGAUGGAGGAGCUGACAGACAGGCAGCAGCAGGACCUCACAACCUUCCUGCAGCUGGUGGGGUGCAGGGUACAGGGUGAGCGUCCUGGCCCGCAGGAUGAGGUCAGCAACCCGAAGCUCUUUGCAACAGCCUACUUCCUGGUCAGUGCACUAGCAGAAAUGCCAGAUAAUGCCACAGUUCUCCUGGGGACUUGCUGUAAACUUCACAUUAUUCGUACGCUGUGCCACCUGCUCCAUGCUCUGUCUGGUGAUAGGGUAUGUGAUUUUGAAGACCCCAUCUUGGCUCCUCUGAGAGAUACUGAGAGGUUUGAGAUUGUGCAGCGUUUGUUUGCCUCUGCUGAAAUUGCUCUGGAGAGGAUGCAGCUGUCUGUGAAAGCCACCAUCCUGAAGGACUCUUGCAUCUUCCCACUAAUUCUUCAUAUCACUCUAAGUGGGCUUUGCACUCUAAGUAAAGACCAUAAGUAA